CUUCCUGUUUAUUUUUUAGCAAAAGUGAGGCGCUCUCCUUCGUACGACGACUAAAUACACCCGAGAUUAGCCGGCCGCGGAGCACACGAAGCUCUUGCAUAUGCUGAAUUCACGGCUGCUGUUUUAUUUUCAACGUAUGUCCGGUUCCCGUCACAGUAUUGCUGUUGCUGCUGAAGUUACCAUUAGCAACUGGGCAGCGCCCGGCUCGACACCUUCCGACGUCGCUGAUGUUGUGCUGCCAAAUACAGUAGGCUAACUCAGCAGCACAGGCCUUGAAAAGCUAGUGGAUGAUUUGCUGUUGAGGUGCUGGAACGACUGGCGAUGGUUCACACAUAGGGUCCCACUGAGCAGCUCUACCAUGCUGCCGGGAGUCGGUGUGUUUGGCACAGGGAGCACGGCCCGAGUGCUGGUCCCACUGCUAAAAGCUGAAGGCUUUGAGGUUCAUGCACUCUGGGGGCGAAGUGAAGAGGAAGCAUGCUGCUUGGCAAAGGAGCUCGGCAUCCCGUUUCACACCAGCCGAUCUGACGACGUCCUGCUGCAUCAGGAUGUUGACCUUGUCUGCAUCUAUAUUCCACCAUCCAUGACAAGGCAGAUAGCAGUCAAGGCACUGGGUAUCGGUAAGAAUGUCGUGUGUGAGAAAGCUGCAACUGCUGUGGAUUCAUUCAAGAUGGUCACUGCAGCCAGAUACUACCCACAGCUGCUCAGCAUUAUGGGUAACACCCUGCGCUUCCUGCCAGCUUUUGUUGCAAUGCGCCAGCUGCUGGUGGAGGGAUAUGUGGGCGAACUGCAGGUGUGCGAUGUUCGAGUCUAUGGUCCGAGCCUGCUGGACCAGUCGUACGGCUGGACCUGCGAGGAGCUGAUGGGAGGAGGCGGUCUUCACACCGUCGGCUCCGCCAUCAUCGACCUUUUGAGUUACCUGACAGGCACUCGGGCACACCGCGUGCACGGUUUACUGCGGACCUUUGUGCAGCAAAACGGUUUGAUCCGAGGGAUCCGCCGCGUGACCAGCGACGACUUCUGUUUCUUCCAAAUGUUGAUGGGUGGGACAGGGUCCAGUGGUGUCUGCUGCACUGUGACCCUAAACUUCAACAUGCCGGGGUCGUUUGUACAUGAGGUUAUGGUAGUUGGAUCCACUGGGAGAUUAAUUGCCAGAGGGACAGAACUGUAUGGGCAACGCAACGGGAGUAAAAGCGAGGAGCUGUUGGUAGGCGACAGCGGCUGGGUGGGACCAGAGGUAAAAGAAAUGCCCCUGCCUCUCCUGCAGGGCCUGAGCUCCAUGGUGAAGGCGCUAAGGCAGUCUUUUCAGGCUCAGGAGGAGCGCCGGUGUUGGGCACGGGGACCAGUCGCCACUGCACCAACGUUUGAGGACGGUCUGUACGUGCAGACGGUGGUGGAGGCGGUGAAGCGGUCCAGCAGCAGCGGAGAAUGGGAGUGUGUUGAGAUCAUGAGUCAUGAACCUGAUCCAAACCAGAACCUGUGUGAGGCUCUCCAGAGAAACAAAAACUAGAUCUGUUUAUUCACCCAGUGCGACUACUGCAUGUCUGACAAAACGGAGCUCUGAAUGUUUCAAGUCCGCUGCUUCGACCUUAUAUGUGACACAUGACUACUUGGCUUUUUUUUUUUUUUUUUUUUAACACACUUGUCACAAUUUGAACAUAAUUUUUUGUAUUUGAACGAAUAGGACUGCGUUGUGAAUGCUUGAACCCUCACAUAUGUGAUUUGUUUGUACACUAAAAUUUGUAAACCACAGCUCUAUUAUUCUGAUUCUCACCAGAAAACAUUACCAUAGCUGUAAAGCUCAUUUAAACGUGUUAAAAGCUACUUGUGCCCCACUGGCAGACACCUUACGCUGCCUUUAUUCUCAUGAAGAUGCGGAGUCAUGAUUUCAGAUUUUUGGCUAAAAAAGGAUCUACACCUACAUUAGUUGUUAGCCAAUAGUAGAUUUUAAUUUUAAAAAAUGGUUUUAGGUUGUUGUUGGGGUUUUUUCCCAACUUAUAAGCAGUUUCUUUUGAUUUAUUAAUAUAGAUAGAAAAAAAUUAUGAAGUCUGAAUAAGUGCAUUACCCCUGAACUUCCCUUUUUUUCUGGUUAUUGUUUGUUUGUUUUUUGUUUGUUUGUGUUUUCUUUUCUUUUCUUUUAAAGUUUGGGUAUCACCGGAGAGUUUGAGCUGAGUCCAAUAUUUCUCUAUGACCACCAGCUGGCUCGCUGGCUAAUAAACCAUGUGCCAGCAGGAACAGUUCAUUGAACUCUGCAAGAAGUCAGUGGUUUCAGGACAGAUUGAAAAGAGUGUCUCAGUCAUAUCUGAGUUUGUUUUGGCCCACUGAUAACGUGGGAGGGAUUAAUGGGUACAGUAUGCCUGUUUUAUCUGAAUUAAUAGUCUCAGCUUGUAUAUACACCCUUUUUGAUGGUACAGCAGAAUUUUAGAAUUCAUAGAUAGUUAUUUUGUUGAGCCUUCAGCUCUGGGUCAAGGAUCCUUUCCCCCACUUUGCAAAUCCUGGUCUGUAAGUGUCAGCACAUUGGUUGCAGUUCACCAGCUGACGCCUGUGCUAAAAGUUUUGUACUGUAGCUACAGAAAGAUUUGUCCAAUUUUUCAGGCGAUUAAUAAUGCUGUGUAUUACUAUAGGGAAACUGGAACACCAUGUGAUUCUCUACUGUAGAUAAAAUUUAGACUUUAAUAUGUUUAAAUGGAAAUAUAUUGGUGUUAAUGUACACUUUUAGCACUUUUAGCACCUUUUUAUAAAAGAGGGAGUGUUUACCUCAGCCAUGAAUGUGACCAUCGCAGCAGCCGGGUGAUUUGACUAACAAAUGACCCGUUGUGAUUCUGGUAGAACUCAAAUUAGAGCAAGUAUAAUGGAGCUGUGUUCAGUUUACUUUCUGUUUUAUUUUUCACCAUGUAAUAAGCAUAUUUUAGACAUUUGCAAAAAGAGGCUUAAUAAUGUGUUUGUUACAAAAUGGCCAUGACUUACAUGAUACCAGGGAUUGAGUAAAAUAAGCUAUGUAGAGAAUAAAAUAACAGUCUGUAGCAAUGCCCCUGAAUUCCCCACUGUAAAUGUAUACUGAACUCUAUUACUCCUGUAAGCUGGAGAAGAGGAUGUAGAAAGUGUGCAGUUCCCUGCUGCACAGACAGAGCAGCAGUCACGGUUUUACCAAAGUACAUUAUAAAAUUUCAAAAUAAAAGCUCUACUUUAGGAUGGAUGAUUCAGCCAUGUCCUGUUGGAUAACUGGAUUAUGCCUCAGGGAGUUGUUAGUGCAUACGCUUAGCACCUGUUUUUCCAUUUUACACUGAUCGUAUUCCAUAAGGAUGUAGACCUUUCACCAUUUUAAACUGGUAUUUCCAGUUUAUUUUGAUGUGUAUUUUCAUAGACAGUAUAAAAGAUGAACGAAGCUUUCAAGUCUAAAAAUUGAAGCCAGCCUGGAAGUGCCAUAAACUGAAUUCUUUUUAAAGGCAAAACCUGCAAUACUGUGGGGGGAAUGACCAUUGAAUUUGACCUGUGUAAACACUCUCCUGCUGAGUCACUCAUUUUGGGUCACGCUAAAUAAAUGAUUAAGUCUGUUUUCUAAAUUGGUGGUCAUUUGUGUCAGAUAAAAAGAUUUUUGAGGUUAUGCUGGUUAGCUAGCAGCUUGUGAUUGGCAAGUUGUUAUGAGCAUCACAGUAGCUAUGUCCAUUUUUUUAUACUGUCCAUGGAUUUAUCAAAUAGAUUAUAAGAUGACAACAACAUUGGAAAUAAAAGCUAGGAUGCUUAGGGGGAGUCAUUCCCACAUGCUCUGUUUGUUUGUUUGUUUGUUUCAGUUUUCUUCUGUGAUGUUUUGGCCAAACAAUGACUGCUGAGAUCAAACAUCAGUGGAUUAUUUGGAUUGUGUCUCAGGGAGUGUUUUGGAGAUGUUCUUGGCACCUGAUUUCCACUUCACACUGAUCAUAAUCUAUUUAACCGGAGAGCUUCUACCAGCCUUCAGGUUGCAAAGCAGAAGAUUAAAGUAGCAGCCGGCUCUUCUUAGCAUUCACAGGGUUUAGUGAUAAACUCUGAGAUUUAUUUGAUUCAAAGCCUGAGUGGUUUUAAAGUUUGUGUUAAAGGUGUGUUUACAUUUGUUAAGCACUGAAGUAAAUUGUAGAUUUUUUUUUUUUUUUUGUAAACACAUGGGGUCACCAGUCGUUCAGAAACUGUAUGUAUAUUGAGUGGAACCACUGGAUUUGAUGUGUGUGAGAGUGUAAAUGUGCUCCGAGCCAGACAAGCUUCACAGGUGUUGUAGUCACUCACUGCUUCUUACUUCUGCUGACUAUCCUAACAAAUCGUGGCUUCACUGUUGCUAACGCUGGUAUGGCAGGAAGUGACACGGCGUGUGUACUGCUUUGGUCUGGCGUGUCUGUCCCCUCCUUCAACACCACACAGGAUCUGCAGAUAUAAACAGAUGCCCGUUACACUCUUACUUCAUUCUGUCCCAACAGUGCUUUACAAAAACAGGAAGUUGAGUUUACAUUAAGUGUCUUUAUAAAACACAAAGCAUGUCACGUUUGCCUGCAGGAUGUUCCAUAAUCUGACACUACUAAAAUACAUUCCAGCAUUCAUCAUCAUCUUCUUGUCUACAGUUGUUUUGUUGUUUUUGCACUGAGAAUGACAUGAUGCCACAUAUUUAAUAAACAGCGUGAUGCUUGUAGCGUCCAGCCAGCUCACUGAGGAACACUUUUUGUAUUUAUUUGUAAGCUCAAGUGGAGAAAGUUUGCCAUUUUUUUGUGUUUUCAGCCUGUGAACUUCUUUUUAAACCUGUUUGAACUUUUGUGGAUUUUUAAGCACUAAUGUGUUGCUUUAAAGUAGGGAAACUGUAGUGCUCAUCCGCUUGACGGAUAUUUCCUUUAAUAAAAACGGCUGCCUUUGUUUAA